CCCGUAGACUCUGGGCUUUGGAAAGAUAACCCAUAGGCCCUGGUCGAAUAAAACCCCCUGAAGGUAAUGCCCCUCCUCUCUCGCUCAUCACAGAAACGCUGCCAGCGAGAGAAGCGUGGUCCAUCUCUCCGUAUCUCUGCAGCUCUUGUCGCGGAAGGCUUAAAGCAGGUAGCUGAUGGCAUCAAAGUUGUUACAGUUGAAGUCCAAGGCAUGUCAAGCAUCACAGUUUGUAGUCAAGCAUGGAACUGCUUACAACAAGCAGUUGUUGGAACAGAAUAAGCAAUACAUUCAGGAACCAGCGACAGUGGAGAAAUGCAACGAAUUAUCGAAGCAGUUGUUUUACACUCGUCUUGCUAGCAUUCCCGGUCGUUACGAGGCAUUCUGGAAGGAACUUGACUCUGUCAAGAAUUUGUGGAAGAACAGGAAGGAACUGAAGGUUGAGGAUGCUGGCAUUGCUGCUUUGUUCGGAUUAGAGUGCUUUGCAUGGUAUUGUGGCGGUGAGAUUGUGGGAAGGGGAUUUACUGUCACCGGUUACUAUGUUUGAGAACCACCCAUUAUAAUUUGUUCAAGUGGAUUGAAUUGUAAGCUUCUCAUGCCAUUUGCAUGACUAAACCGCGAGCACGGAAAAUUUUUGUUUUCUGCAAAAUCAGUGGUUAACUGUGAUGCCCUCAAUAAUUUUUGUGUUUGAAGGGGUUCAGGUUCUCUUGUUAGAAGACAAUGGUCUCAUGAAUUAUGACAUUGCCACAAGUCUCUCUUGAAGGUUUCUUUUGAUA